UUUUUUUUACCCCCACUGGGGUCGCCGCAACUGGGCACGGGAUCGCCAUGCGGUGCAGCUGGGCCGCUAGUCGUCCUGAGCUCCCGGCGCUCUUAACGAAGCUCCCGCAGCUGGCGGUGCCGCGCUCGGGGCUCCGGGAGGAGGAGUGGAUCGAGGAUGGCGACGGGGGGCGCUGUGGUGGACCCUUUGUGCGGCCGCAGCAUGAGAUCAGCCAAGCUGAGUUGAUUGCGCGAGAACAGUUUCCGGGUGCCGCUGCGCGAAUCCUUCAAGAUCUACGACAUGGUCACGACAGGCGUAGAUUUAGCACUCCCGCCAUCAGCACCUUGGAUCACUUCGAACACUUUGACCUACAUCUGGCCCAAGCACGGCGUGCCACCUUGGGAACAGUUCCCACCUUGGUUGAGGACCAGGACCCUCCAACCCCGGUGGCGCAUCGCCGCGAAAAGACCUGGGGCUUCUCCGCGGAGCCGCAGGACGAUGCGGAGGACGAGGACUGCCAGGGCCAGCGAGCUGCAGCCCUGCCUGCCCUGAGACAACUGUCCAAGACCUCGGUGGCAAGUUCCAGUGCCAGAUGGAAACAGCCGGAGAGUGUCAUCAUUAUUGUUGACUGGGAUGACACCAUCUUCCCUACCAGCUGGAUACAAAAUAAGGAGUGGUUCUGCCAGUGGUUCCAGGCCACCAAGCUCGGCGAGGAUCCGUGCCGCCAGGACUUGGCGCUGUCGCAGGAAGAGCUAUCAUUUCUUGAAGAGCUGGACGCCAUUGCAGAGUCAUUCUUUCUCUCAGCGAGUGCACUGGGACGAGUGAGUUGUGUAACGUUGGCGCAACGUCCGUGGCAGCUCCGAACCAUGCGCGCCUUUCUUCCACGUUUGACAGAAGUCUGGGAGAAGCAUUCCGUUACUGUCCUCUACGCCAGAGAAGAGAAGGCGUUUCAUGGCGAUGACUUUUUCAUCGAUCCCAGCCCGGCGGAGUAUGAGAUGCUCCGGGAGAUGGCGUAUGCAAGGAAGAAGCAGAAGUCGAUGGAACGGCUCCUUCGAAAGUUCUACAAGAAAGGAAGCUGGAAGAAUGUGAUCUCGCUGGGUGAUGGGCCGGCGGAGCGCCGAGCCCUCCAAGAGAUUGGCUUCCAGCAUCUGAACCCUGCAAGCCCUCGCACUGGAGAGCCCAAGACCUUUCGAACCAAAACGGUGAAAAUGCUCGAAGAGCCAAGCUGUUCAGAGCUGAUCUCGGAACUGCAGAUGAUCCAAGCCUGGAUGCCGGCGUUAGCCAUGUGGGACGAGGACGUCGAUGUGGAUCUCACUGAAGGUGAGGAAGCAUUGCUUCAACUGCAUGAGAAGUUGAUGGAGGUGGCAGAUGCCUCUGGGUCUGCCAGCAUCUCAAGUGAAUCCAGCUGAGAAAAAUAUUGCAUGAAUUUUGCAUGCAAAUCGUGUGCCGCUCUGAAUUGGUAAAA